UUAUAUUUUUUACCCUUCAGAUUUCAGUAUUGAUGGGAGAGCCGUACUUUAGCACCAGUCUUCUGCCGUGGCACUCUCUGUUUUUCUGGUAUUGCCGCACCGCUGUGGCGCAGCUGCUCCAUCCCAGUGCCACCAUCCUGCCCCGUGCUGCCACGCUUUACAUAGUCGCUGUUGAAUUUCGAGAUCUGUGGCGAAUCCGAGCUCCUUGCGGUACUUGUGAGGGCUUUGACGUCAGCCCAAUGGAUGAGAUGAUUCAGCGAUCUUUGGAUUACCGUGAAUCCUUGGAGGCAGAGCCGCAUCCACUGUGGGAAUACCCAUGUCAUGCUCUGACAAAACCAUGUCCAGUUCUGACAUUUGACUUUACGCAAUGCGUUCCUGAACAGCCAGUUAACAGUGAUGGAACUGUGCCAUUCACAGGGUAA